AUGAAGUUUCUAUGUCUCAAUGGGACAGUUUUCGACCAAGAAACUCGGGUCUGCGAGAGGCUCGAUGAAGUGAAUUGUCCGGAAUCUGAAAGAUUCUUUUAUCUGAAUCUUGAGCUUUAUCAUCCUCCAACUGCCGUCGACUACGAUUACUAUUAUUACGACGAGUACGCGGAGCAACAGUCGACAUCAAACAAACAAGAACGAGGCAUAAACGGUCGUUCAAUAGGAAGCUUUGAGAAUGACGAGAACCGAAAUCGUGACAAUGGAGCAGAAACUGUAGAGCAUCUCACUUACACAUCUCACGAGUCCCGGGAAUUGUCGACAGUAGGUGAAGACGACAGUGGUCGACAGCCGAGGGAAGAGAUCCCAUCCGGGGUUUCCAGCAGAAGUAGAGAGAGACCCGAAUCGGGUUUCGACAGGAGCUCAUUGAGCAAGGAGAACCCGUACAUCAUUCGCAAAGAUCAGUUGCCAAAAGAACCCGAGAACGAGNACAUCCGAUCUAUGGAACGAAACAUGAUAGAAAGUGAGGUGAGAGACAUGAAGUUUCUAUGUCUCAAUGGGACAGUUUUCGACCAGGAAACUCGGGUCUGCGAGAGGCUCGAUGAAGUGAAUUGUCCGGAAUCUGAAAGAUUCUUUUAUCUGAAUCUUGAGCUUUAUCAUCCUCCAACUGCCGUCGACUACGAUUACUAUUAUUACGACGAGUACGCGGAGCAACAGUCGACAUCAAACAAACAAGAACGAGGCAUAAACGGUCGUUCGAUAGGAAGCUUUGAGAAUGACGAGAACCGAAAUCGUGACAAUGGAGCAGAAACUGUAGAGCAUCUCACUUACACAUCUCACGAGUCCCGGGAAUUGUCGACAGUGGGUGAAGACGACAGUGGACGACAGCCGAGGGAAGAGAUCCCAUCCGGGGUUUCCAGCAGAAGUAGAGAGAGACCCGAAUCGGGUUUCGACAGGAGCUCAUUGAGCAAGGAGAACCCGUACAUCAUUCGCAAAGAUCAGUUGCCAAAAGAACCCGAGAACGAGCCGGUGGAAUCAACUACUACGGCUGUGAUCAAUGAAGGUGAGGUGAGAGACAUGAAGUUUCUAUGUCUCAAUGGGACAGUUUUCGACCAGGAAACUCGGGUCUGCGAGAGGCUCGAUGAAGUGAAUUGUCCGGAAUCUGAAAGAUUCUUUUAUCUGAAUCUUGAGCUUUAUCAUCCUCCAACUGCCGUCGACUACGAUUACUAUUAUUACGACGAGUACGCGGAGCAACAGUCGACAUCAAACAAACAAGAACGAGGCAUAAACGGUCGUUCGAUAGGAAGCUUUGAGAAUGACGAGAACCGAAAUCGUGACAAUGGAGCAGAAACUGUAGAGCAUCUCACUUACACAUCUCACGAGUCCCGGGAAUUGUCGACAGUGGGUGAAGACGACAGUGGACGACAGCCGAGGGAAGAGAUCCCAUCCGGGGUUUCCAGCAGAAGUAGAGAGAGACCCGAAUCGGGUUUCGACAGGAGCUCAUUGAGCAAGGAGAACCCGUACAUCAUUCGCAAAGAUCAGUUGCCAAAAGAACCCGAGAACGAGCCGGUGGAAUCAACUACUACGGCUGUGAUCAAUGAAGGCAAGUCGGUCUUGUUAUUGUGCACCUAUAAGCAAUGGUUGCCAUUCGGCAUUCUCCCUCGCCUGAAGCGUCAAACAGAGCCCGAAACCGAAUCCGACGUUGACAAUAAUGAGGACGAAGAAGCACAAAAAGACCCCAACAACACUACCAACUCCAACAGAAGCAACGGUGGACGACGGCGUCGACGUCGCAGAAAGAAACUGAAGCGUCCUCUGCGAGAGAACCCUUACAAUGGAGACGACGCCAUUGUCGACGAUGCCGAAAUUGCAAAACCGUUGCUCUCACCGAGACGCAACCAGGAAGCGUCUUUCCUCAUUGGAGAUGAAGAACCCGUCACUGAACGUCAGAAAUUUGUUCCUCGGGGACGGAAACCGCAAAAGGUUGUUAACGGACCUCCGUUUGCCGAGUCGUCGCUUUUCGGCAGCACAAAGAGCUUACGAUUGGAAAGCUCAGAUGCUGGCAAUGUUGACCAGCCCAAUGACGUGGAAGAAGAUGACAAUAAUUCUUCUGCAGGGGACAAUGAGAUACAAAGAACACCCACUACUAUACAAAGAAGUAAACGCCAGCCUUGCGUUUUCCAACAAUUGCCUGGAGGCAAACGGCUCAGACCUGACGGGAUCCCGAGUCUAACCGAUCCUGAGGUUUUCCGCGUUAGACCCACUUUGGAAGCUGCCAUCUUGUCCAGCAGCGAAAAGCCAAGCACAAAGAGCUUACGAUUGGAAAGCUCAGAUGAUGGCAAUGUUGACCAGCCCAAUGACGUGGAAGAAGAUGGCAAUAAUUCUUCUGCAGGGGACAAUGAGAUCCAAAGAACACCCACUACUGUCCAAAGAAGAUAUAAAGAAACUACUACAAGCUCAACUGCUUUAACUUCUACCAGCACCACUUCGACCCCCUCUACCAACCCGCAAACCCCAACCCCUGCAACAGGGAAAACAACGGGCCUCGAAAUUUCAGCAGACGAAAGUUCUCCGGGUGGAAGCCUGGAAGUUUCAGAAAUUCUCAAGAAAAAUACUCCCCAGCAACGGAAAUUUCUGGAAGCUGCCAGAACCAGUACGAACAAAGAAGAACAAGUUGAGAACAUUCUCAAGGCUCUAGGAGUCAAGCCGAUCAAGAAAAGUAUCUUCAGAAAGUCUUCCUCACCAGCAGGAAUAUUCAAGAAAAUUCGCACAACUCAGCAACCUUCAAGCUCAGCUUCUCCUUCGUCAUCAAUAAUUCCACCGUCAACAAGUGAAAAGGCUUCACCGGAAGUGUCUUCUUCUACGGAAACAUCGGAAAAACCCCGACGAAGAAAGGUUCUGGUGGCCAAAAAACGUAUCUUUGAGAAAACUAGAGAUCAGAAAGAGCGCAAAAGCUCGGGGGGACUUUAUUUCAACAGCAACUCAUCAUCGUCAGAGGAAGAACCUCGAAUAAAACCCGGGGCUUUCAGCAGAAGGAUCAGAUCAACGACCCCUUCGUCUUUCGAAGCAACCCAAGAAUCUUCCGAAAGAUUCGUGCCCAGGGGUCGAUCUCGACAAGCAGCAACCCCUGAGCAACCCUGGGAAGUCACAGACCCGACCCCUUCACAAGCAACCCCAACGCAAGAACCCUUGAUCGUGGUUUCCAUUCCAUUUCUGCCCACGAAUCAGCAAUUUGCCCCUAGACCCACGGACACUCCUUUUGUCGUCACCAGUUCCUCGUCAUUCAAUCAAUUAAUCACCACUACGACUGAAAUCAAUACUCUUGCUGCUGCUCCGCGUUCUCGGACGAAAUCUAGCAAUCCGAAUGUUUUGAAGAAAAUCCCCAUUGAAAGCUUCGACGAUGACGUGAAUGAUGAUGAUGAAGUUCAACGAACGUUAAUCAAAAGUUUUGAUCGGAGAAAGUUCUCUGAAAACUUUUUGAAAAGGCUCAGGACCAGGAGGAAAGAAAAUACUCAGAAAACAGCUUUCAACCCACCGAAAGUCACUAAAAACAGGAAUAAUAGGAGAGGAAGAGUUCGAAGUACAACUACUUCAGCAAAAGAAACUAGUUUCAUUGAGCAGGAAACUACUCCUAGUUCAUGGCCUGUUUCCGUCAGUGAAGUGUCACCGGAAUCAAUAACCACAGAAUCCGCUGAUCAAUUCUGGACAUCGACUUCAGCACAACAGAGACCGAUUCCUACUACGACUACAUUCACCACCACAACAACUACAACACCUAGAAGAACAGCCAUAACAACCACUCCUAGAAAAUGGCAGAAACAACGUCAAAACUCGAAUCCAUUUCAAUCCGACGAUGAUGCGACUGCAGAACAAACAGCGGGGGAAAAAUCCCAAGCGAGGCAACAAUGGCAACAGCGACAAGUGCAGCUGCAACUCAUAGAAUUGCAAAGAGAAACGCAGAAUUUGCAAUUGAUUUUGCAGCAAAAGCAGCAUCAGAAUUUAUUGCUGGUUGAACCCUUGAGAGACUCAAACAGGGAAAACGAGUUCGAUGACCAAGGGAAUAGAAUCCGGUCCGUGUCACAGGCGCCGAAUAGGGGAGAAACUAUUGACCCUGACGUUUUCCAAGAUAUUUACAAUGCAGUUUCAAAUGAGGAAUUUGGCAGGAGAUCAGUGGAAAAACCCGAGUGGAGAAGCCCUGAGGUUAUUAUUAGCAACAACGACAUUGAAAAUAAUGGGGAGGAACGGCAAAGGUUUUCCAUGAUGCCCAAGAACAUUCAGCAAAUCAGAGACCUGGAUAAACCUAUGAGAGUCACAGAGCAUCAAGUUCAACCACCAUCUUUCAAGUUUCCAGGUGCUCCAGUCACUUUGCAGCCACCAGCAUCCAUCAUAGAGCAAAAUCUUCAAAAUGGAGGAGGUUUGUCCACCUCUCGGCCAUAUGCGGAUGAUCGCGACUUCAUCCUCAGUGUUCCAAUAAUUGAGGAACUGCCUUUGCGCAACCAGCAAGAUGAUUUCAGCAAUGACUCCGGAAAUACCUUGGAAAACCAAGAUUUCGAUGACUCGAACACAUCGGACGAUGCUGACGAGGGUCUGAGAAGCCGUGCUGAAGAAGAGGUUUUCUCGCAACAAUUCAACAACGAUUUCCGGAAUUUCGAUCAAGGUGAUGGGAAUUUCGGCAGGACCAUUAGACUGGGUGCUGUUCCGCAGUUGCCUCAAGGACGCACUGACAAUUUUGCUAUCAGUGCUGUCGGAAAUCAAAACCAAGACCAAGAAAACAUCCCGAGGAUUUCAAGGAAUGAAGGCAAUAAUGUUAGAGUUGGGAAGAAUAAUGUAUUUCCGGUUGAAAAUAGUCGGAAUUCUGCGAUAAAUGCUCAGACAGUUCUGGAAAAUCCUCCAGUCUUUUCGCCGGUUUUGAUCUCCAGAAAAUCUUUCACUCGCACAACUUUGUCUCCGAACAACGACCAAUUUAUAACUCCAGCUCCGGUGGCUGUUAUUCAAGAAGUUUUCAAACCACCGACACUCGUUGUAACACAAAAGAAAAGUCAAGCGAAAGCAGCAAAAAUUAGCUUGUUCAGCAAAAGUUUUGGACAACGGGAAAUUCCGAGAUCGCAGCAAAAACUGCAGCAACAAACCUCAACAUCUCAGCCAUUUAUUGAGCAACAAAACCAGCCAUUUAAUGGACGACAACAACAGAACGAGCAGCAAACAAAUAUUUCAGACAAUCCAGCAACUGUUCAACAGAACCGAAAUUCACUGAAUUCCCAAAACCAGCGGCAGAAUGCUCCAUUUUUCCAAAAUCAGCAACAGCAGCAACUUCCGGAGCAAAAUUUCCAGCCGGUGUUCCAAAAACAACAAGAAAUUCCUCUUCAAGAGCCGUUUACUUCUGUUUUCCAACCAGCUCAAACUUCUUUCACCCAAAAACCGUCCUUCCUGCAAAAUCGGCAGCGGCAAUUUCAAACGUUUCAAAACGCGUCGAAUUUUAUUGAAGGAAAUCCAAUUUUGCCAUCGACUUUCAAUCAACAGCAGCCAGCCGAUUUCCAGUCGAAUGCUAAACAAAGCAUCCCAUCAGAAAUAGGUUCCAAACAACAGUUUCCAGAGAAUUCUCUUUCAGUUGUCGACAAAAAGGUGGCAAAUGUCAUCAACAAUUUCGGUGCUCAAGUCAAACGAACACUACGCUUCGGAGCGAAGCAAUUCACCACGACAAAAGCUCCUACUACAGCCACAGUGACUCAGUUGCCGGUCAGCGUUUCGCAGAACAAUUUCGCCAGGAACCCGUGGAAUUUCGCUGUUCCGAACAAUGGACUGCAAUCCCUGUGGUCCACGACAUCGACAACAUCAACAACACCUAAAACAACAACAACAACAACAACAAGAGCACCAGUACCCACAGCAACAACAUCUUCGCCCUUCACACAAGCCGUCGCUCCGAAAACGAUUGGCUUCGGAAGUUUAGUGCAGAAAAUCCCGCCGGCUCCGCCAAAAUCUGCGACGAAGACCAAAACAAAUUCGUCGCCUUCUGUGCAAUUCAAGUCGAAUGACCGUCAAAGUAGGGAUUAUGAAGACAAUGAAUCGGACUACAACAAUGACGAUUUUCCGCCGACGAAAGUUGCGUAUCCGACGUACGACUUUAAUAGGUUGCCAGACACUUCUUUCUCGUGUGUCGGGAAAGUUCCUGGAAAGUAUUAUGCUGAUCUGGAAACUCGGUGUCAGAUGUAUCAUAUUUGCUCACAGAGCAGAGCCAAAGGACGCAUCAUAGACUACAGGUUCCUGUGCACAAACGGAACUGUGUUCAACGAGCUCAUUUCCGGGUGCGAUGCGUAUGAAAGAGUGGAUUGUGGAGGCGGUUUAUCCAUUUAUUCCUUGUUGGAUGACUUCUAUCGGCCUUCAAGAGUGCCAACGGAAGUCGAACAACUAGAAUUGGGCGUCGGAACUGCUUUGGGAAACAAUAAACCCUCCCAGAACCCUGGCCAAGUGUGAAGCAACAAGAAAGAAAAAAAUAUUUGCGACGAAUUCGUUUCGUCGUUUAAUACUGCCGAUGUCAUGCCACUGGAAGGGUGUUUUUUCUUGAAGUCAAUGCCAUGGAUGGAGUCGAAAAUGCCACUGGGAAUGAAUCAAUUUUGUGUCCAUUGAUGAGUGGAUGAGUGUUUAUAUAAUGAAGCUCAAAUAGGGCAAUCAUCGCGCUUGUGAUACGAACUCUUGAUUGUUCUGCCAUCCGUUCGGUUAUGCACAAAAGGCUGGAGAAAACCGAAUUCAAUCUUUGAAUCAACUCGAUUUCAUAUUUUCGAACUUCUCUUUUUUUGCUGUAAAAUAAUUCGAAAAUGCUUUCCCGUUCUCUAGUCAAUGACUGACCAUUUUUACGUCUUCUUUCAGAAGUUACCCGACUACCAAUGUACCAGUGUUGUUUUUUUUUUAUUCGAACCCAUGACUUGAUGUGAUAUUUCUUCUGGAAGAUGCUCUAACCAAUAUUUCCAUUUUGUUUAAGAAGCUGUUGUCGUGGAAUAUUUUUGUAAAGUUCAGUAAAACGAGUAUUAUUGGAAUUUUUUCCAUUUGCUAAUCGCUUGAUUGUGCCGUUUUUCCUGUGUGGAAUGGUUCAUAUGGUCGAGAUUUUGCAGAAAGUAAAAGCAUUGUAAAGUUC